GAAAGAAAGAGAAGAGAGAAGAGAGAAACAAACCCUCAAUUUUGAUGGAUUUGCAAAACAUUCAGACACGAGAAAAGCUUGAAUAAACUCCGGCAUCACACUUCUCUCUACCCAUUUCAUCAAGAAUUUUUCAUGUGAUAUGAAAGAAAAGGUACUCACUUUUAAUCUGAAGAAUUUUUCUAGUUCUAGUUCUAGAAAUUGAAGAAAUAUCAGGUGGUUUAUAGACUUUAUUGGGGGAAUUUCUUACUUAUUAAGGAAACUGAAAAAUUUGUUACCAAAUUUCGCUAAGAUCCAAGGAGCUUUGGAGUUAAAACUGGGUUAUAUGGAUGAUGCGAAAUAAUUUAUGGGCAAAAAAUCAGGUUUUUCUCCUGUUAAAGAAAUAAUUGAUUUUUCAUAAAGGGUUAUCUGGUAUUUGGCAUUUGAUGUAUGGGUAGAUAGUCUAAGCUUUUGAUUGUAUUGCCGUCUUCAAAUCUCAACUUUUCCCCCUACAAGUGUUGAAUUGGCUUCCUGUGAACAUUUUCUCAAAAUGCUUAAAACACAGUCCAAAGUACGAAUCCAUGAUGCUGAUAUCUGCGCAGACCAAUUUGAUAAGAUACCGGAUUCUGUACUACUGAUAAUUCUCAAUAAGAUUGCGGAUAUUCGGACCCUUGGUCGUUGUGCUGCCGUCUCCAAGCGAUUAAACUCUCUCGUACCUCUUGUUGAAGAUGUUUAUGUUAAGAUUGAUAAGGUUGUUAGCAUCGACGGCGAUGAUGAUGAGACGCUAUAUUCCCAGAAGCCUCCUAGUCUAUUCACCAACUUCCUCAAGCUGUUUUUUAGUCUUUUGAAGCCUUUCCACCAUCUUAAUAAUGGGAAUGACGGAAAUAAAUUCUUUUUCCCUCAAGUCUCGCGACAUACCUCACACACCCCUGAUCAAGUUCUUAAGAAUUUCCAUCACAUCCACAAUUUACGUAUUGAAUUACCAUCUGGAGAUGUGGGCACUGAAGAUGGGGUUGUUCUUAAAUGGAAAGCAGAAUUUGGAAGUACUCUUCAAAGUUGUGUUGUUUUUGGAGGCACUCAGAUUGAAAGAAAACCGGGUACAGAUCAACGACCGUUUGAGGACAAUGGUAGCAUACCUGAUUCAUUUUACACUAAUGGGGGUUUAAAACUACGCGUAGUGUGGACAAUAAGCUCAUUGAUUGCUGCUUCGACUAGGCAUUACUUACUGCAACCAAUAAUUAAGGACCACCCAACACUGAAGACUGUGGUGUUAACUGAUGCAGAUGGGCAGGGGACUUUGAGUAUGGGAGGUCAGCAGCUGAGGGAAUUUAGGGAAAAUCGGUUGAUUGCUUCAGCAUCUUCAAGGAGGACCCAGGUCCCGGCUUCUAACAUGCGAUUAAGGUAUGCUCCAUUUCUCGAGCUUCCUGAAGGGAUGGGAAUGCAAGGGGCAACACUGGUAGCGAUUAAACCAUCAGGAGAAGGCAGUGGAAAGAGUAAAAAGGAAGUAGAUUCAUUUAUUUGUGGAGCAUUUGAUGGGCCGUUUAAGGCAGCUGUAAAGGCACUGGUUAAGCGAAGGACAUAUCUCUUGGAGAUGAAUGGUUUCUAAAGUUACCUCUACAUACACUGAUACAGUCCAGUGGGUUCGUUAUAGAUCAUCGAGACAGAAAUUUCUCUUUUAGGUCGAAUUGAUAAGAUGGGCUAAUUCUCUAGUCAGCCAAAAUUUAAUGGGUAGAAAAAAGUAAGCCUGACAUGUGUUCGUGAAAGAGAUGUGGAUUGUAUCUGCUCUCUUCCACCAUAUCGUUCCCUCUUUUUCUUGUUUUUUUGCUUCAAUUUGUGUAUAAUGUUUAAGCACAAUGUAACCACAGUUAAAGCUGUCUGAUUGUAUCUAAAGAUAGUAACGUGGGAGAAAAUGAGAAUCUCUUAUCACAUGUUUAUGUCA